AUGGAAUACCAAAAUUACACCAACUCGACGUCGGAGAGAAUCUGCCCGCAGGCCUCGACUUUGGUAAAAUGCAUCAAAACAGUCGCUUACUCGUCCCUCAUGUUAACUUCGCUGCUUGGAAACUUAGCUGUAAUUGCAAUCGUGUCAAAAAACAAAAUGAUGCGGACGACAACGAAUUACCUGAUCGCUAACAUGGCCGCUUCUGAUCUAUUAAUCUCUGCCUUCGCAGUACCACGAGAACUCGCGCAAAUUUUUGCUGGUUCAGAGAUAUGGCUUCUCGAUGGCUUAGCAGGUUCAAUAUCUUGUAAGCUGGUCUACUUUCUCCAAGACAUUUCAACGGCAGUAUCUAUACAAAGCCUCGUAGCCAUAGCAGUUGACAGAUAUCAGGGAGUCGUCUUUCCAUUCCGUCCUCCAGUUAUUACAUCCAAGGUCUGUAAGGUAAUAAUUGUGGUUAUUUGGAUGGUGGCGAUGGGUCUACACGGAACUUAUUUCUAUACCGCGCGGCUGGUAAAGACAGGCCAGAAGUGGUCUUGCACUUUUUGCUGGGCACCGAAGUUUGAAGAGCAUACACAAGAACGAUACUUUCUUUUCGUUUCCAUCUUUUUAAUUUUCUUUCCUCUAAUUGUGAUUCUAACUUUAUAUGCACUGAUAGUUAUAGAACUAAAGAAAAAAGAUCCUACUGAAAAUGGAACAUCAAGAAUAAGGCGACAGAGGCAGAAAGAAAACAGAGCCAUUGUCAACAAGAUAUUGAUCAUUGUCUUUCUGUUCAUCUUGUGCAUUUUUCCAAUAACUAUUUUAGGACUUGUUCAUUAUUUUUUGUGGGAUGGGCGAGAUACAUGUGCAACGACAAAACUAUUUACAGCCAUGAAAUUCUUGUUAUAUUUGAAUGCCUCUUUAAACCCGUGGGUUUAUUUAAUAUUAAAUGAAAGGUAUCGGAAAGGAUUAAAAGUUUUAGUUAACUGUCGUUUACUUAAACAGCCUUACAGAAAUGAAAUAGAGAUGAAUUGAACGUUUUGUAACCGAUAAGUUACUCAAGGUAAAUAAGUUUAAGAGACAAUUAUUCAAUAAAGUAAAUAACACCAUUAAAUAAAGUAAUAUAUUCAAGUCUUUGAAAUCUCUGCACCUCAUCGGAGAGGCCUGGAUAAACAGCAGAAUAUGGCCCCCUAAGUGCUGGAGCGUGUUUAUGCUGUCAGUAAGAACAAAUAAUGACAUAGAAGGCUGGCAUCACGUCCGGAACCGAAGAGCUGCUGGCCUCUGUGGACUUCCCUUCUACUUGCUUGUGUCCUUGCUAAACAACGAGGCCCGCCUGGUGUCACUGCAGAUUCGGCUUGUGUCUGAGCGCAAGCUGAAGCGGAUCCAGAGAGCCGCCUACCGCCAGUUACAAAGCCGGCUCUUUGAGCUGUGGGACGCAUUUAACAAGAGAGAGAAAUCCCUUAAGCAAUUACUGAAAGGUUGCGCAAACAUCAAUAGGCCAGUGAUCGUCUAA